AUGUCAGUAUGCACCCGAAGAAGGCAUAACGUCUCUGCAAAAAGUGAAAGGCCGAAUGACGGCGUAUGGAACGGACCCGGGUUAAAUGCCUUACAUUGUGUUAGACCUUUCCCGCGUCAGUAUGCUUCCAUGUGCAGAGGAUUUGACAAACGGGGGAAGAAGAAUACGACGCAGCGGGAAAGAUACAACAUGGUAAAGGAUCAAACCAUGUUUAUUUCGUGCAAGACAGGCUUCAAUUUUUCUAGGCGCAAAAGAUUUGGCAGGAGUGACAGUGCUGCAGGUCUAACCAUCAGCUGCAAUAUGGUUUCACGGUUCGGGGUUCAUAGGAAGGGGAAGCUUCUAUCUUGGUGGGGGGGAAAUGAGAGACUCCAGGACAGUCUCGAACAAGUCACAAACGAUGUAUACCCUCCAGAUGAUAAUUCCACAGUGGGAGAACGACGCCGCAGUUUCGAAGUACCCCGACACAGUUACUCCCCCGAGGAGUGCACUAAAACGAUUCUCGAAAAUAUUCUGCAGAGAAGCGCCAUACAUAAUUGCACACAAAAUGAGGAGCUGUGCAUGCUGCUUAAGGGACUAAACGCUCUGCUUAGCAAAUUACAUUUGCAUCAUUACGGAAAAGAAGACGACGCAGGGGGUGUACUCGAUGUCCACUCUGUGUCUACACAUGAGACAGAUGCAAAAAGUGGACAAGAACAAAUGAUUGAUUUUCACAAAAUGAACAGAGGUACACCUUGUAAGCAUAAUUACCUGAACGAGUCAGGCGAUUUUUCUACAACGAAUAAACAUCAUGGGAGUAGUGAACACACCUGUGCGUCAUGCUCCCCUCCCGAUGUACUCACAGGAAGGGCAUUUAAAACGUGGGUGUUCCCACUCAAUUUGAUGCUUAUCAAGUCGUGGGUCGACAAUAUUGUAAAAUCUGUGUGUGCAGAUGAUCAUGCUGAGAGGGAAAUUUCUAAAAAGAGCAACAUCUUUGUUAAGUACGACAAUGUUAUUCAAAAGAGGUUGUUCUUUCAUUUGGUGUGUUUUUACACACGAAUUGCGACGUGGAUGGGGGAUCGCCAAAGGGAUGUUAUUCUAUACCUCUACACAGAGGACGACGAGGCGGCAGAAAAUUUCUACAGCCAUUUGAAGGAGAUAUAUUCGGAAGAGUCGGUCAGCUUUUUUAAUUACAAAAAUUGCAUACAUAAUGACAAGACAGCUUUUAUAUUUUUAGUGUCGUAUGAUGAAUUCUUCAACUUAACCCUACGCGUUGCUAACAAGACGCCGGCCGAUUUGGAGAAGUACCUGAACGGCAAGGCAAAAUGUGGCUCUGGCUGUUCCAACCUGUUUUCCCUUUUUUCGCAUCUCCUUGUAAGUGCCCCCCGCGGUGGGGAAGAGAAGUGCGGCGAAGCACAGUACACGUUUAAAAUAUUUCUGGACGAUUUUAACGUCGCGUAUAAUUAUGGCCAAAGCGUGAUAGAGAAAAAUCUUUACGAGCACCUUUUCCCUGCUGUUGACUUGCGGAGAGGGAAUAUCACAUUUUACCCCCUUUUGAGGACCUCUUUCCCCACGUUGUGGUUUAAAAUUUGGCUGGAACAUGUCCACAAGGAAUGCUAUUCCGUCAAUCUGCAAAAAAGGAAAAACGUUUUUAUUUUGCACAAAAGGUUUAUUCUGCCUCUGUUGGAAGAGGAGGCCAACACGCAGUGGAGGUCGUCCAGCAGAUCGGACAGAGGAAGCCCCAAAGAAAUCGCGCAAAGGGACAAAAUGAUUAUAACCCCAAGUUUGUACCCCCUCUUCGAUCUGGCGACAAAUAAAAAAAGAAAUUUCCGAAACCCACAUGUGGAACAAUACAUGUCCAUUUUUAACAAACACAGAAAAGAAAUUAUCGUAGAGUAUUUAAAGAGGCACAACUUGUACAACAUAAAUAAGUUAAAAAGGAAAGACAAAAAAAUAAAAAGAAAAUUUAAUAUCGCCAGGAGGUUUUUAAAAAAAAAAAAAAAACAUUUGACAAAUUUGGAAAUCUCGCACUACAUAAAUUUCUUCAUGAACAGAAAAAAAAAAGGAAGUAUAUUCUUUAGAAAAAACGUUAUUGAUUAUGAUUAUGUGACUGGAAAGGAGUUUCUACAGGGGAGGGAUAAGGUGCAGAUUUUAACAAGGGGGUUGUGCAGUUGGCAUCGGGGGGAAGCAUCCUCGGCAGGAAGAACUCAUGUUGAUGGAUUCUCUUCACAAGGUGAACCGCGCAGCAAUGAUAAACAAAUGGAUAGUUCGCGAACAGUGGGCAGGCAAAACGGACAUGAUUCGAGAUGGGCGCAAGAUGAAGCAUGCGGUGAAGGAAUUAAUGCCCCUUUUUUUCUGCAAAGUAGAGGAGCGACACGGCGUCCCUGCAAUAAGGACACGUCUCUCCCAAAUGAAGCAAAACAUUUUUGUUACAAAAGUGGAGAGACACAGGAAGCGUCGUCUAAAUGUACUGCACACGGCGCUGUCCCACUGUACCCGUGCAUUUACUACACAUUCGAUAAGGACGCAUUUGAAAAUUUUUCCAACGAGGUGUACGCAGGGCUUCCGUUUUUACCUGAACGGUUCAGGCGAAAAUGGAGAAGUGUGUUACAAAAAUAUGACGAGGCAAUACGCCCAAGUUUUUCCUGUAAAAAGUACCUCCUAAAGGGGCUCUUCUUGAUCAGGGAAAAGUUAAGCGCAGUGGAAAGACAGUUCAUUAAGGAGUUACUAACAAAUGGCCUUAUUAAAAUAAUUUUGUCUUGUGUAGAUAUUUCUUCUGACCGUAUUGGGGUCAACACCGUGUUUGUGGAGGAUGUGCAGGUGUACGUAAAGGAUAAACUCCCUCAGUACAAUCGUCUUCUUAACCUGAUAAAUUGCCUGCAGGGGGAGGUUUUAUACCCCUCCGGUGGGAGCAGCCUUUUGGGGAAUCGCCUUCCGGGGAACAGCUCCUACUGGGGAGAAGCGCCCCCAGUGGACGACGCUUACAGACUCCACUUUGUAAAAUACUUUUUGUACUUAAAUUGGGCGAAGAUAUUCAGAAAGUACACCCUUUCAAAUAAUGACUUGUUAAAUUUAUUUGCAAAUUGUACAAACUGUUUUUUAAUUCCAAGGAGAUAUGAAGACAUUUCCAUUUUGUUAAAUUUGAAGAGCGAGGGUUACUUAAAUAUAUCCCAUUUGCACAAACCGGUGCUGCGCGAUUUUUACUUUAAUCUUUUCCACGGGAGCAUUAGCAAGGGGGUCUCUUUAUCCCUGAACGGUGUAGGGGAAGGGCGAAUGAAUGAAUUAGCCUUGUUUGAUGACCAGGUGAGGAAGCCUCCUGGGGUAGAAAAAACCUAUCCCUUCUUCUACACGGAACGGAAGUGGGGCAGCGAAGAACAAGAUAUGUCCCCACAUAAUGUAAUCCACAUGGCAAUAAAAACAGCAGAAGACGUUCACAAAAUUUACAAAUAUAAAGAAACAAAUGAGACCAUUCUACUGCACCAUUUCUUGGGCAUGUCGAAGGGGACAGCCUACUCGAUUAAUUAUUUCGACAUUUUGUACAUUCAUUUUGUGAUGAACAAAAAUAUUGUAACAAUAAAAAGGCAGCUCAUAAAUAAUGUGUUCGAAUUUUAUACUCUUAAGAGGAAAGAAUUUGAAAAGGCAUGUGUCACCUCUGAUAGGGAAGACAAAAUGAAUGAUUAUGUGAAGAGGGUCCAAAGAAUAAAAAAAUAUUUUCCAGAGCAUUACGCAUAUGUGUACCAUGAUACGUUUGUAAAAUAUAAUAAUAUUAAGAAGGAAGUGAGAGAUGAGUUGAGGAGGAUGUACAGGCAAAAGUAUAACAUGCUGCGUAAAAGCAUUUGUGAAGGCGACCAGAGUGAUGUGCUUUUGACCACUGUCGACUCGGACCGCUGCAUUAUACUGGACGUGUAUAAAAUGAAGCCAUCCGGAUUGGGCGAGGGAAAAAAAAAACAGACACGUGAUUUGUACGUUUGCGCGAACAGCAGGGGGGAGCUGUUCAUAUGUGACAUAUUCUUCUUUGAUACAAUUUUAAAGGAUAAAAAAAUGUGUGACUUUAUUUGGGAAAGGAAUAAAGACAUAAGCUACGUGGAUCAUUUGUUUGGCCAAAGGGAUGUGGUUAAUUACGAGCUUCUCUUCAAGGAACGCCACUUCCCGUUUGACAUUCAUCUGGGAGAUUGCGGGGGGGGUGCGGAUGGGAUGGACAACAACAGUGUCCCCACCGAGGAGAAAAAAAAAAAAAAAAAAAUUUUCCACAAAUUUGUAGUUAACAAGAUCAGGGUAAGUAGAAAAUCGAGCGGAGAGGAACAAAUUGCAGAAGUAAAUGGGGAGGAAACAAAAAUGGUGAACCUGGAGGACUUAUUUCAAAAUUGGUACAGCGACAAUUUGUACACUGGAAAAAAAAGGCUGUCCCUUUAUUGGCAAAAGCUGGUGAGCUUGAAGAGAGAAAUGAUUGAGCAGUGCUCGAGGAGGUUGAACAAAGACAUGGGAAGGAAUGCGCACAACGGGUGUGUAGAAGCGGACCACUAUAAGGAUGCGGGAUGGUAUCCGUUGGAGGAGGGAGAAAAGCGUAUGACGUACGCAUUGAACAGUUUCAGCGAAGGUGCCAUGACAAGUUGUGUGACUCGGAACGGACACUGCCAAUCACCUUCAAACAAAAUUAUAAGCGCGAAAAUUAUGGGUACCCUCAAGAAAUACAAAAAAAAAAAAAACAGCGGAACUAGAAAUAAUUACACAAAGGAAAUGAACAAAGUGGAUCGAAUAUUUGGAAAUAACAGAAAGACCAUGAUGGAUGAGUUAAAAAAAAUUUUGUCUUUUCUUCAACACCUUGACCUUGUCGACACGCUACGCAAUUUUAUAAACCCACACGUGAGAAAUACCCUGUGGUUUUACAUAAUAACAUUGUAUAUUAACAAGCAGUAUGAGGUGGACCCAGGAAAGUUCCUUGUUCAGCCAGAACUCCUAAUGACAAUUUUUUACAUAUGCUUUUGUAAAGGAGAAGGAGAUUACUUGGGGAACUAUUUGGCCUCUUUUCAAAUCAAGAGCGACGCGUUGCGAGGCGUCGUCGUGGAUGUGUUCGCAUACAAGCAGUUGUUGUCCUAUGUGCAGGACAGGUUCCAAAUCAACGUGGAGAUCCCGUUCAACCUGGAGGGCGUGCAAAACCUGUAUGAAGGGCUAAUUAAAUUAAGACAAAAAAAAUUUACAGAAAUGGACCCCGAUGUGAAAGCCAAACUAUACCACCUAAGCAUCAUCGUUCACACAAUUAUGUCGAGCAAUUUUAACGAAGGGGUAAAUCAAAUUCUGCUUCAGUUUGUUCGUUAUGUGGAGGACAUGAGGAGAAUCACCAAGGUGAUGUAA